GUGUUGGAACUGGCUGGGAAUGCGGCGAGGGACAACAAAAAGAACAGGAUCAACCCAAGGCACGUGCUUUUGGCAGUGAGGAAUGAUGAGGAGUUAGGGAAAUUGCUACAAGGAGUUACAAUUGCAAGUGGAGGUGUUCUUCCAAACAUUAACCCUGUUCUGUUGCCUAAGAAAUCAACUACUGGCGAACAUAAGGCUUCUCAUCCCAAGUCUCCCAAGGAGGCCUAGACUGUGUUGAAAUGCAGUGGUCUUGGUGUUAGGUUUACUUUUAGUUAGCAGUAGUGGUAUUAGUAAUUUGCAUUUCUGAUGUAAUUUUGUUAUAAAUAUAGUUUGGGAAAUGCAAUGAGUUUUUUUUUGCCAUCUUAAUUGCCUUUUUUACAUUGAAUUUUUUUCAAGAGUUCUUUUAGUCUUUUUGACUAGACAUCAUGACUCCUAUUCUUAAUUGAAAAAGG